AUGGAGGAGACGAUUCCUUUCAAGAGUUUACAUAGCAGGGAAUAUCAAGGUCACAAGAAGAAGGUACAUUCGGUGGCUUGGAAUUCUAAUGGGACGAAGCUUGCUUCGGGCUCUGUUGAUCAGACGGCUCGUAUAUGGAACAUCGAACCUCACGGUCAUAGUAAGGUCAAGGACCUUGAACUAAAGGGCCAUACAGAUAGUGUGGAUCAGCUAUGUUGGGACCCCAAACAUUCAGAUCUUGUUGCUACUGCUUCUGGUGAUAAGAGCGUUCGUCUCUGGGAUGCUCGCAGUGGAAAAUGCACACAGCAAGCAGAACUUAGUGGGGAGAAUAUAAACAUCACCUACAGACCUGACGGGACACAUGUAGCUGUUGGUAACAGGGAUGAUGAGCUUACCAUUCUUGAUGUUCGUAAGUUCAAUAAACAUGUACACAAGCAGAAAUUCAAUUAUGAGGUGAAUGAGAUUGCUUGGAACAUGUCAGGAGAUCUUUUCUUCUUGACUACUGGACAAGGCAAUGUUGAAGUUCUUUCGUAUCCGGAUCUUUCAGAACUUGACACUCUCACAGCCCACACAGCCGGGUGCUAUUGCAUUGCAAUUGAUCCUAAAGGAAGAUACUUUGCCGUCGGGAGUGCGGAUUCCUUAGUCAGCCUUUGGGAUAUCUCAGAAAUGCUUUGCUUGAGAACUUUUACCAAACUUGAGUCUCCCGUCAGGACAAUAAGCUUCAACCAUUCAGGAGAAUAUAUUGCUUCAGCCAGCGAGGAUUUCUUUAUAGAUAUUGCUAAUGUCGAAACCGGGCGGACGGUGCAUCAGAUUCCAUGUCGGGCAGCAAUGAACAGCGUCGAGUGGAAUCCCAAAUACAAUUUACUUGCAUAUGCAGGUGAUGACAAGAAGUAUCAUACUGAUGAAGGUGUUUUCCGGAUAUUUGGUUUUGAUAGCUCCUAG